AUGCGGGUGUUUGGUUGUCAGGUUUUCAUACUGACACCGAGAGAAAAGCGGCUCAAGUGGGACCCCAAAGCUCGCACUGGGAUAUUCUUGGGCUACGAAGAAGCAUCCAAAGCGUAUCGCGAUUAUGACAUCGAGGCGGGACAGGUGGUCAUCAGUCGAGAUGUCAGCUUUGACGAGUCCACCUUUGGACUUUCGCCGCCGAUCACUGUUGAAUAUACCGAUGACCUUGACUUCGCCUCCCUCGAGCUGGAUGAUGAAGCGCCGGAUCAAGCGCAGUACAAGCAAACAGGCAAGCGCAAGAGUCGUCCCCAUGAUGAAGGAGUACCAGCUCCACCCACGCGCACAGUGCGUCAACGACCUGGACUAGAAGAAUCGAGUGCGCCAGACAAUCACACGACCCACCUAGAAGAAGAGGAAGAAAUAAAGAAUGCUGAUGCAUCAACUCCGCCUGUGUUUUGGCGUGCGAGUGCGAACGCCAUCGAAACGGCAGUAGACUUAUCCGAGCCAUCGACUUUUGAAGCUGCGGUGAGCGGUCCUGAUCAAGUGCAUUGGCGUAAAGCUAUCCGUGCGGAACUUGAGUCGAUGCGACUUCGUGAAGUAUUCCGCGCAGCCAAGCUAACUAAAGGACAUCGCGCCAUUGGCACGGAGUGGGUCUUCAUGAUCAAGCGCAAAGCGGACGGAUCAAUUGACAAGCACAAGGCGCGUCUUAUGGCAAAGGGUUUUAAGCAACAGUACGGGAUAGACUACACGGAAACGUUCUCACCCGUGGUCAAGUACGUGACGCUGCGCAUGGUGAUUGCAGUUGCCAAGUAUUUCGGAUGGACCAUCGACCAACUCGACGUGGUGACGGCAUUCCUGUAUGGUGUCAUGAAGGAACAAGCGUUCUGCGUCAUGCCUGAAGGCGUGGAAUUGGAGGGCCCCUUCGAUUGCCUGGAGUUGGUGAAGGCAAUCUAUGAACUCAAGUAA